GCGCUGAUAUCAUUGUCAACUUACAAGUGAUUGCGUGCAGAGCAAACCUUCGUUUCCUUAAGUCGUGAGCUCAACAUCCAACAUCACCAAGAUGAAGGCCAUGUGUGUUAUUGCUGUUCUUGCCACCGUUUUGGUGAUGGCUAACUGUGCUCCUUAUCAAAUUGCUUACUUGGUACCAGUAGAGGUUCCGCUGAACCGAGUAGCUCGUUCGGCGCAAUUUGGUAGUAGUGCAGCCAAUGCCGGUGCUCAGAGUUUCAACAGUGGCUUCGGAGGAUUCGGUGGUGUCUCUGGAAGCUCGGCUAAUGCCGCAUCUCAAUCCUUCAGUCAAGGUGGUGGCUUCGGAUUUCCAGGAUUCAGCGGAAGUUCUGCGAAUGCAGCCUCUCAGAGCUUCUCCGGUGGUGCAGGUGGAUUCCCAGGAUUCGGUGGUUUCAGCGGAUCAGCGGCGAACGCCGGCGCGCAAUCCUUCAGUGGAUAAGCACAUCGCUUAAACAUGGACAGGAAAAUACUCAAUUAAAUUCGAACCUCUUGCAAAUACUUGGGAACAUGUAAAAUGAUAUCGUUGCGGAAACCAUGCUUUGGCAAUAGCUAGAGAACAUUUUUUUACAAAUCAGUCGCACACACCUAAAUUAUUAUAUUAUCGCUCAUAUCAUGACAUCGAUAAUAGCCUAUGUAAAAUACAAGUAACUUAUUGUGAUGAACAUAAAAAUGAUCAUUUUGUACAAGAUAAUAUCUCUUUCCUGAACUGCUUUAAACAAUAUUGCUUAAACAAUCAUUUUUACUGGAAACUUAAAAUAAAAGUUUAUAAUAAUACGAAUCAA